AUGUCUCUUUGUGUAAAUCGUCUAACUGAGGAACGAAAGCAAUGGCGGAAAAACCACCCCUACGGCUUCUAUGCAAAACCACGUAGAAAUGCAGCGGGCGCGCAGGACAUGAAGUACUGGGAGUGUGGCAUUCCUGGUAAAGAGAAGACCAUAUGGGCGGGGGGUUUGUUCAAGUUGGAUGUCAUCUUUCCUGAAGAGUACCCUACCAAGCCACCAAAGUGCAAAUUUGUUCCCCCACUCUUCCACCCAAACGUCUACCCCUCCGGCACCGUCUGCCUAUCCAUCCUCAAUGAAGAGGAAGGCUGGAGACCAGCGAUUACCAUUCCACAGAUCCUUCUCGGUAUCCAAGCCCUUUUAGACGACCCUAAUCCGGAUUCGCCUGCCCAAGCUGAAGCAUAUACCCUAUUCAAGAAAGACCGUGCUGCGUACGAAAAGAAAGUGAGGCAAGUCGUUAGGGAAAACCCGGCUUUGUAG